AUCUCUCAUUUGGAACGAAAACACAAAUGGAUUGGCGAGGAGAAGAAGUAUUUCGGUAAACAGGGCACUGCAUACGAUUUUACGAAUUAUACGCUGGAGAAGGGCGAUAAAGAGCUGCAAAAGAAGUUGCAGCGACGGAACGAGCUCUCGAGAACCGUGGAUAGUAAGGCGAUGUCGAUGUUGGGCACGGCCGAGGAUAGGGUCGGUGCCUUUUGUUCGGGUGUCGUCUCGUUGUUUUUCGCGGUUUUGUUUGCUUGGUUGUGCAAGGGGGCGUGCGCAAAACUCGCUCCUCCCAUUAUAAGUUAA